GAUCUUGAGCUCCCAUUGGCUCCUGUCUGAAAAUACGUCACAAUCAUGAUUAGAAUUGAUGAUCGGACGUUCUGAUUUCAUUGUCUAGCAAAGGGGACUGGUGAAGAAAUCUGCUGAAUUUGAACGUUCGUCUGAUUUUGACACCAAAAUGCCACAUUACCCAGCAGUGUGCCAGGUACACUGAGACAGGAUGAGUACAGGCAAAGCUGUGCUAAUCUAGAAACAUGGAGGUUUUGCUGUGAUCUGCAUGGCAGCCUCAUUCCCCUCCAGUAGCAGAAUGGAUGCCUGGCCACAAAGGCGUGGCCUGCAGACUAUGAACCUGCGGUCAGUAUUUACGGCUGAACAGCAGAGGAUCCUGGAGCGUUACUAUGAUAAUGGGAUGACCAAUCAGAGCAAAGCAUGCUUCCAGCUAAUACUGCAGUGUGCUCAGGAGGCCAAACUAGACUUCAGCGUGGUUCGGACAUGGGUGGGCAACAAAAGGCGUAAGCUCGCCUCCAAGGUAGAGCAGAACGGAGGUGUGUCUCAUUCCCUGUCCACUCAUGGACUUGCUGGUGGACUGCUCUCCAAUCACACAUUAGCUGGAGGUGCUCUAUCCAAUCAUAGCCUUGUGGCAGGGGCGCUGCUCCCUGCUGAAAUGGCUGCAGCACGGAACAUCCAAAAUCGUGUGCACCUCCUUCCCCCAUCCACAUCCUUCCCUUCUUUCUCAUCAGCAUCUUCAUCUCCUUCCUCCACGUCUCCCCUCAGCAGUGGGAGCAGCAGCAACAACAACAACAACAGCAGCAACAAUGACGUUAUACUGACCGGGAUCUACUCUCUCAACUCCGUCCCUCGCUCUCGACCAAGACCCACAGCCCCCCCAUCUCAGUCAGACUCUGAUCUUUCUGUACACACAUCCUCAUCUCUGAUCAGCCAAGCCCUGCAGAGCAGGAGCGGCUCCAUCCCCUCAUCCAUCCACUCCAAGCUGGUCUCACUCUCUCAAAACCUCCCAUCCCUCACACAAGCCUCAGGUCCUUCAGUCUACACUGCGGUCAGGAAGGGAACUUCAUCCCUUGGGGAGGCUGGGGUAAGUGCAGGAGCAGGGGUAGUACCUCACAGCUGGACUAGACAAUAUGGCACAGCGCAAACACGCCCCUGGCCGUCUUCCUCACAGUCCCAAACUCAGCUUCAGCCCAGACCUCACUCCAACCCCCAACCUCAACCACCUGCCCCUCAGAAGACUCGGGUUUCCCUCCCAGUGCAAAACUCUGCGCCCUCCUCCGAACAGACACCUCGUAUCCAGCAGGUCUUCACCUUGUCAGAGAGACGCGAUGGGGACAGACCUAGGCCAAGUCAUACCAGGAAAGGCCAGGAGAGCCAUAGGCCAGCAUCUCAUCCUCUGGACACCAGUCAUAACUUCUCCAUUGCCAUGGAAACUGGUGAUGAAGAAUAUGAGUGGCAAAGGGAAGAGGAGCUGGCAAAUAUGGCAGCUGGGACACACAUCCACAGAGAGCAGAUGUCAGCCAGCCCAACUGAGGCUGAAGUGUCUGUGGUGAGUGGAAGCCACACACCACCCAUGACUAGCUCCAAAGCCGCACUGCUUCACAGUAACGCAACUCUUCAGGGCAGCUACUCCGUUACAGCACAGACCUCACUAACAGGAGAGUCCAGCUCACAGACUUCAGUUGGUGUCUCUGCUGGAUCCUGGGUUUUAAGCAACUCCAGAAAGAGAACACUGCAGGAUCGGACCCAGUUCAGUGAUGGGGAUCUCAUCCAACUGAAGCGCUACUGGGACCGAGGCAUGACCAGCCUGGGCUCAGUCUGCAGGGAAAAGAUCACUGCUGCAGCAAACCAGCUCAGCGUAGACACUGAGAUAGUCAAGACGUGGAUCAGUAACAGACGGAGGAAGUACCGUCUGAUGGGUAUUGAAAUCCCUCCACCUAAAGGUGGGCCUGCUGUAUUUACAACCUCAUCCCCAGGAGACAAGUCUCCUGUGGGCCUCAGCCACGACGAGGAGCAGCUCAGAACGCCUGAACUCGGAGAUGACUUGAAUGAUGGAGAAUCUGUCAGCCUGUCUGAAGAUGGCACCAUCGAUUCACAACACAGAGAUGGAGAAGAUGGAAUAGAUUUGUCCACUGCUGCUCCACUGGCCAAUAAUGUGAAGAUUGAAGUAAUCGAUGAGGACGAGGAAGAUGACGAGGACUAUGACAGUGAAUUAGUGGCUUCAGAUGUAGAACAAAUGCAGAGCCUGCUGGAAUUCAAGCACGAGGAAGUGCAGUUCUUAGAGAAUGAGCUAGAGAACCAAAAACAAAAAUACCAGGAGCUUGCAAGCUUCACCAAGAAUCUGCUCAGCGCUGUGAGGGAUAAUGACCUGGAGAGACAGCAGGAACUCAUGGCCAGUCUACCUCAUCAUUCAGACCAGGACUGGGACAUGACUGUGGAGAGAGGGGCCCAGCCUGCUGCGGCAUUGGCAGACGGGUCCCCCAACCACGAUGACUCCCCGGCUGCCAGUGCCAGCAGCAUGGAGCCUCUGCCUGCCCCAACAUAUGAAGAAGUCCCACUGGUCACCAUAAACGAAGACAAUACAACAACUGAAGUUACUGAGCCCUCUGCAUCAGAGGAGCAACUGCAGGAAGCAAUUUCUGAACAAAAGUGACUCUCGUGUACGUCGGCAUACAUACGCCUGUUUCCACACUCAACGCAAAAGCUCUUUUAACACAAAAAGGGACUGUAUGGUCUUGCACAGACACUCUGGUAAACUCAUGCUCCAUGCCUAGUGCCUGUGGGUUGAUGCUUCACUACGACUGUUGGGCUGACAAAUGCCUUUUUUACUGCAUAUCAUUCGCCUUGCUCUGGAACAGUCCAGAGAGAACAAUAAAGACCUCUAACUUA